CAGAAUGUUAUUACGUUGUCUAUAUAUACCCUGUAGAACCGAAUUUGUGUGAUAUUCAUAUAGUCACAGAUUCGAUUCUAGGGGAAUAUAUGGUCGAUGCAAAAACUUCACCUUUCUGCAAAUGGUUAGAAGUUUAAAUACUGGUGGAAUCAAAAGGCAUGUGCGUGCUGAACACUCAGAAAUUACAAAAGUUUUGCUGCCUCGCUCCUAUUUGCUAGGUUUUAGGAGGUCUCUUAAAAUUUCAGUUGUCGUUCAGUCGUAACUCUCACUGACAGACCGUGAAUUUAAACGGUUAAUCUCACCAAAAGUUACAAAUUUUCUGAAAAAAAAUAAUAAUUAUCUACCAAUCAGUGAAUGAAUCUUUAAUAAGAUACUCAUAAAUUAGCUAGAUACGCCAGACAUUAGGAAAAAUUUCCUGCCAAGUGUCCAGAUCGCAUCAAAAUAUUUACGGCAGCAGCAAAAGUAGCACUCGCCCCACUGGAACGUAUUUACUUGUGCUCCAGGAAUGAUAUUGAUGAAUGAAGACCGAAUUUAUCUCAUUAAACCCGUGAUAUUUUUAACGUAAUUAAAUGCCGUCUCCAGUUCAAUUGAUUGAACUUUAGUGGUUAAAAGUGAACGGUUUCUUGCCAUCUGUAUGAUUUUACAUACAUACAUGUAUAGAUUUACACACAUACGCGUACGUUUGCGUCUGUGCGCGCAUACGUACACCCGCAUAUAUAUUGAGGCUCGCAAAGUGAAUGAGAAGUUACUGAUUGCCUAAUUUUAUUCAGCAGAACUAAAUUCUGGUAACUUUUGGAUGACCUCUGCGAGACAAAGACAGGACAGAUCUAUUGUACAUCAUAUUACCAUCUUCUUUGAUGGCUUUUCUUUUCCUCGCCUCCUUAUCAGUUUCCUCCCUUUUAAUCCCGCUUCGGCUCCCCGCUCCGCGCGUUUCUUUCGACAUUUUUUAUUUAAAGCGAGGUAACAAGCCCCGGUGGCGGUGGCGGCUGGCAAAGCGGGCGGCGGGGCAUCAGCCACCGGGGCUGAGGGAAGGCAGCUCAGACAAAAGCCUUGGCCCUACCUGGGGGGCCAAGGGGAGGGGGGGGGGGCUGCCGCCGCCCCAGGGGUACCCCUACACCUCCGGCACCUUAUUUGGGGGGUGCGACCCGCCGGAGAGGGGGGUCACUCGGUUACGGGGGUAUUAUUGAGUGAAAUCGGUGGAAAUGCUGAGCUGCGGAGAAAUCCGGUGAUCGGCUCCCGCCUCCCCAUUGGCCGGGCCGGUCACAUGCCCGCCUAACUUUAUUCAGUUGACAGCAAGUAGGAGGGCUCUAUGGCAGGGGGAAAAAAAGACAACACGAGAAAAAUUAGUAUUUUCUACCUUCAGAAAUUAAUGGCCAUGAGUUCGUAUAUGGUGAACUCUAAGUAUGUGGAUCCCAAAUUUCCUCCUUGCGAGGAAUAUUUGCAGAACAGCUACCUAGGCGAGCAGGGGGCCGAGUACUACAGUGCCUCGCAGGGCUCUGAUUUCCAGCACCAGGGACUCUACCCACGGUCAAACUACAGCGAGCAGCCCUUUAGCUGUAGCAAUGCCCAGGGCUCUGCCGUGCAGCCGCGGGGUCACGGACAGGAGCAAUCCGGCCCGGCGAGCCACUUCCCCGGCCAAGCAGAGCAUUGUCCACCGCCUCCAAUGCCCAACUCGCGAGCCUGCAGCCAGCAGCCGGCCCUCAAAGCCCCAAACGGGUCAGCAGUUAAGCAGCCAGCAGUAGUUUAUCCCUGGAUGAAGAAAGUCCAUGUUAACUCGGUGAAUCCCAAUUACAACGGAGGGGAACCUAAACGCUCCCGCACAGCUUACACCAGACAGCAAGUCCUAGAACUGGAAAAAGAAUUUCAUUUUAACAGGUACCUGACCAGGCGCCGCCGUAUCGAGAUAGCCCACACUUUGUGUCUCUCUGAGCGCCAGAUCAAGAUCUGGUUUCAGAACAGAAGAAUGAAGUGGAAAAAAGACCACAAACUGCCCAACACGAAGGGCAGGUCUUCUUCCUCUGGUUCAAACCCCCAUUUACAGACUGGUUCCAAGGACCAUCAGACUGACUUGACAACUUUGUAGAAGAGGUGAAAUUUUCCAUUUCAUCCUUCGCUUCUGACCAGUACUGUACAUAACUGACACUGCCCAAGCAGAACCUGCAUGUAGCAGCUAAGGACUCGAGAAACUGUCAUCUUUCUUUAAGGUACUGUUGUACAAAGGAGACAAAAUGACGCUACUUUGGACUUUAUUUUAUUUGCCUCUGCUAGCACAACCUAAAAAAAAAAGAAAAAAAAAAAAAGAAAAAAA